CAUCAAAAUCUACAUUUAUCACAUUUAUAAUUAGAUCAGAACGUUAUUAUAUUGUAAUAUUUUUUAUUGUAAACAAAAAUAAUAUAACAUCGCAUUUUUUUUUUGUAAAUGACACAUCUGUGAAAAGAUGCACUUUAAAUUUAAAUAAAAUUUAUCGGUAUUUAACUCAUUUAAUAGACACACCGGAAAAUACUUUUUUGUAUAAAAAAUUUGAAAGUGAUAAAAAUUCUGAAAUUGCAAGGAUACAUAUUAAUGACACGAUGUGUGAUUAUUGUGUCUGGAUCAGGGAGAUAUUGGCCAGAAUUGAGGCCGAAACGGAGAAGAGGAAAAAAAUAAAGUCGCGGGCGGAUCCGGUUAUCGUUGUUCAUGGAGGCGCCGGGAAAAUUCCUCAAUAUGCGCGAAAAUUUAUGCUCGACGAGGUGAAAAAUGCCGCUGUGGCAGCGUAUCGCGAUCUGAUUAGAGGAUGUUGUUCGCUGAACGCAGUCGAGCGUGCGAUCUGUCACAUGGAGAGCAAGAAGUAUUUUAAUUGCGCGUACGGAGGUUCCUUAGACGCUAACGGCGAAGUUGUGAUGGACGCUGCGAUAAUGACAGACGAUUUACGCGUGGGUUGCGUAGGCGCCGUUCGAAAUAUAGCACAUCCUAUAACGUUAGCCAAACUAGUCCUGAAAAAAACGGAACACAUGUUGAUAGUCGAAGAUGGAGCGCAAAAGUUUGCCUUGGAAUCAAAUUUUCCCACUUUGUCGCCUAGUCAAUUGAUCGUAACGACUGAUUUAAAAACAUCAUUACAGGAAGGAGAUAACGGUAAAAAUAAAGACUAUAAUGGAGAAAAAAUAUAAUUGCUAAAAAAUAUUAAUUGUAAAGAUUCGAAAAAGACACUGUUACAAGACGGACAGGAACAAUGCGAUACGAAGAAAUGUAUACCGGGAUGUGUAAUCAAAAGACAUGAACAGGAGAAAAAAAGCGUUACCUCGGAAAUCAUUGAAUCAGAUGAAUCUUUGAUAAUCGAGCCUGAUAUUUUACAGCUCGGCGCGGUCGGAGCAGUGGCAUACGACCGGAAAAAGCGUCUCGCCAGCGGGACUUCGACAGCUGGAGAAGCGGGAAAACUGUACGGAAGCAUGAGCGCGACCGGUACAGCGAUCGGUUGCGGCAUUUACGUUAAUCAAGAUGGUUCGGUGUCUGUUUCGGGUUGCGACAAAAUUAUCUACAAAUACGCGCCAGCACAGCAAAUCCUUCGUCAAUGUAUGACAACGUCGAUCGAUGAAGCGGUCACCGCAGUAUUACGGGAUCUCGAAAUAAAAAUUGGCGUAUCUUCACCGAAACCUGAUGUGGGCGUGAUCGCAGUGACCGCCGAAGGAGUACCAUCUAUAUCUUUCAAAUGCACGCACUUCCCCUGGGCAUACUGCGACAAAGGCUACGUUUAUUAUGGAUGCGCGAGAAAUGAAAGAUUUUCGGAGAAACUUGACGUUCUCGAACGUCCGUUAGAUUGCAUGUGCGAAAAUUCCGAUUAGCAGAAAUGUUAAGCAGAGAAUCUUACCAAUCUUGAUCAAAGUCAGAGUCACUGCAAAUUCAAUGGGUACAUUUCUGGUGUUUCAUGUUUAACUUACGGGAAAGAUAAUGUUGAGAUUGCCUUCGUAAGGUCCAUAAAGUAAGAACGCAGGUGACUGUUUGUUAACUUUCUUCCCAAACAGCUUAUCCAUUUCGAGCAGCAUGGAAUAAAUCUCCU